AUGCAAACCCCAGACAGGAACAUCGAUGUGUUUGGGAAACUGGGCAUCUUUGGAGCUCGCGAUGCAGCCCAGAGGAAGGCAUCCCCGGGGCUGGAGGAAGUUCUGUGGUCCGCUCUGAGUUGCUCUUCCCCUGCUCCUGGUCUGGCCUCGAGGAGAUCUUCUCGCCAGAGAAAUGGGAGGGUUUCCUUGUUGAGAUUCUCAAGCGUGCGGGUGGCAGUUGAGAAUUCCUCAUGGUUCUCUGCAAGAUGGAAAGGAGCUGGGCUGGGUCUUGAGUUUAUGUCUGUUUUGCUUUUCUACUGUUGA